AUGGGAGGACUACUGUUGCUGCUCUUGCUGAGCUCGCAACUCCGGUUGAUAUCAAGCGUGGGCGUCGGUAUUUUGGUCGGGACAUCUAUGAUUGUUAUUAUACCUGAAGGCAUCGAAGCCGUCACGACCACCGGCGGGCACUCGCACAGCAAGAGGAGCUUGGCGGAAACAGCUGGAAAGCAAGGGAGGCCGGCUAUUCGGUGGGUGACAGACGCAGGAGAUGUGCCUCAGUUGGCGGAUACUGCCAAAUCUGCGCGGACUGUUGAGGAAGAGUUUCAUGCCAUUGGCCGUGAUGUGGAAUACACUGCAAAGCUGCACAGUCGGGAGGAGCAGGACGAACAUGGCCACGAGCAACCCCCGGCAACCGCCCCCGGCCCCGAACCUCAUCACGAUGAGCCGAAGCACGAGAACGAGGUACCGACCUUCUACAUCGGCCUGUCCAUGAUCCUCGGCUUCGUCCUCAUGUACCUCAUCGACAGGCUGCCCCGCCACGCAGCAGGCGGCAGCGGAUCAGAGCCGCAGAUGCGCCACGUCAGCUUGGAUAACCUUGGUGGUUCAUCAAGCGUCGGCGACGAGGAAACGGAAGGCUUCCUCGGGCCUCUUGCGCCUCCACCAAAGCAGUCCCGGAGCCUGGCCACCACCAUCGGUCUGGUGAUCCACGCCGCAGCGGACGGCAUCGCAAUGGGCGCGUCCACAUCUACAUCGAACACCAAGUUGGGACUCAUAAUAUUCGUCGCCAUCAUGGUUCACAAGGCACCAGCGGCUUUUGGUCUGACAUCGGUGCUUCUGAAGCAAGGGCUUUCCAAACGAACGGCGCGAGGACACCUCAUCGUCUUUAGCCUCGCUGCCCCAUUCGGGGCUCUUAGUACCUGGGCCAUCAUUCGAAUCUUGGGCGGUGGGAAUUUUGAGGGCGAAUCUGGUCAGUGGUGGACGGGUAUGCUUCUUCUCUUCUCCGCAGGAACAUUUCUGUUUGUUGCGAUGCAUGCGAUGCAGGAAGACGGCAGUUCUCCCAAGCACGAACACGGCGGCAUGAACGGCUAUUCUGACGGGAAUGGCGUACAAAGGGGCCAGCAGCGGCCACAGAUGCGUGAUACCUUUGCGACAGUUGCUGGCAUGCUCCUGCCGCUUCUUACCCAGUUUGGACAUCACCACUGA